ACAUUUUACUUUUUGUCGAGUAGUCUCCCUUGGAUUGUAUGUCAACAAGAGAAAAUGGCGUACUGGUUUCACAGAAACCCCUUAAAAGCAACUUCGCCAGUAACAUUCGAGCUUGCUGGUGUAUCAACGAAUGAAGCCACAAGGAAAAUAUUCAGUGAUAUGAGAAUACACAGAAACAAACUACUGGAACUACUAACAGAUCCAAACCAUGACAAAGGAACUCUUGAAAAGACUGCCAAUGAUUAUUUCUCAUUGUUAAUUGGACUUGUCAGACCAUUUGAGGAAGGUGAAACAGAAAAUAAACUCAGGACUGCAGUAAAAUUUCGAUGGACCAACACAUUACUUGGAAACACACCUAUAGAAAAACAAGAUGCUGUAUUUGAGCUUGCAUCAAUGGCUGUGAACGUGGCAUUAUGGUACACCAAACAUUCGGCUAAAUGGGCUGCUAAAGAUGAGGUAGAUAUGGAGGAAGCUAAAGAAGUUCACAAAUGUUUACGUACAGCAGGUGGCAUUUUUAAUUAUGUCAAGACUGAGUUGGUACCUAAGCUGACAGACAAUACAGAGAAUGCUACAGAUACAGAUUCUCGUGUGUUAGAUGCUUACAUUAAUCAGUGUACAGCAGAGGCACAGGAAG